AUGAUAAGAAGGUACUUGAAGAUAUACCCAUCCAUUUACUACACCAAACAUGUGAAGACCGCCCCCGAAGUGAAUGAGCACUCCGUCGUGUUGAAAAAAGAUUACGUGUUUAAUCAGUAUGGUGGACAGGAGGUUUUCCUAAAUAAUAAGCUGAAGAAGGGACAGGAUGAAAACGAAGUAAAGAGAAUCUACUACUUCAAAUUGUGGAACGCCCUCACCGAGUAUAACUUCACUCUAUUUGAAAAUACGAUUCAGCAGUUUUUAAAUGAGGGGCACAAGUAUGACGAGGUUGUCUACUCGAUUUUGAUCCACUCGUACGUGCUGAACCAUAAGAAGAAGAAUGAAAAUAUGAUUUUCUGCGAACCAUCCAAGAGCCUGUGGAUAAACAUAUGUCGACUCGCUUGGGAGACGUCCAUAAAGCUCAACAGAGAAAGGAAAAGGAAACUAAAAGAAAAGCUGAAAUUAAUGCCUCCAAAGGAUGUGCUAACAUUGACUAGGGAGGACUUAAAGCUCAUGCUCAAGAAGGAGUAUGAAGAAGCUUUAUUAAAUAUGGUUGAUACGAUGGCGUUGGAGGACGAGUCUUCAUAUGAUGACCACGUGCUAAUUGGGAAUGACGAAAUGGAUGAUUCGAUCGGAGUUGUAGGCGGCGAGCCAUUUAUUUUGGCAGUUCCCCUUUUAACGUCUAACCAUUAA